AUGGAUCCAAAAGAGCGUAAAGGCACAGCAAAAGUAGAUUUCCUGAAGAAAAUUGAAAAAGAGAUUCAGCAAAAGUGGGAUGAUGAGCGAGUCUUUGAGGUUAAUGCUUCAGAUACGCUGAGCCAGAAAAGCAAAGGAAAGUAUUUUGUCACUUUUCCAUAUCCCUACAUGAAUGGCCGCCUUCACCUGGGACACACAUUUUCUUUAUCAAAAUGUGAGUUUGCAGUUGGGUAUCAGAGGCUGAAAGGAAAGACUUGUUUGUUCCCAUUUGGUCUGCACUGCACUGGGAUGCCUAUAAAGGCAUGUGCGGAUAAGCUAAAAAGAGAAAUGGAAUUGUAUGGCUGCCCUCCUGAAUUUCCUGAUGAGGAAGAGGAGGAGGAGGAGAAUUCUGCUAAAAAAGAAGGGGAGAUUAUCAUCAAAGACAAAGCAAAAGGCAAAAAGAGUAAAGCUGCUGCCAAGACGGGCUCUUCUAAAUAUCAGUGGGGGAUCAUGAAGUCUUUGGGUCUUUGUGAUGAAGAAGUAGUCAGUUUUUCUGAAGCUGAGCACUGGUUAGAUUAUUUCCCUCCCCUUGCUGUACAGGACUUGAAAAGCAUGGGAUUGAAGGUGGAUUGGAGGCGUUCUUUCAUUACCACAGAUGUCAACCCAUAUUAUGACUCCUUUGUCCGAUGGCAGUUCCUUACUUUAAGAGAAAGAAAUAAGAUUAAAUUUGGGAAACGAUACACAAUUUAUUCUCCAAAAGAUGGACAACCUUGCAUGGAUCAUGACAGGCAGACAGGAGAGGGUGUUGGACCACAAGAAUAUACUCUAAUAAAAAUGAAGGUGCUAGAGCCUUAUCCUGCAAAAUUAAGUGGUCUAAGAGGAAAAAAUAUCUUCUUGGUGGCUGCCACGCUCAGACCAGAGACCAUGUUUGGACAGACUAACUGCUGGGUUCGACCAGAUAUGAAGUACAUUGGCUUUGAAACUGGCAAUGGAGAUAUUUUUAUCUGUACUCAAAGAGCUGCUAGGAACAUGUCCUACCAGGGCUUCACAAAAGAUAAUGGAGUUGUACCUGUUGUCAAGGAGCUGAUGGGAGAAGAGAUUCUUGGUGCUGCACUUUCUGCACCUCUGACCCUAUACAAGGUUAUAUAUGUUCUUCCCAUGCUCACAAUUAAGGAAGAUAAAGGAACUGGAGUGGUAACAAGUGUUCCCUCUGAUUCACCUGAUGAUAUCUCAGCCCUGAGAGAUUUGAAAAAAAAACAGGCUUUGAGGGCGAAGUAUGGCAUCAAGGAUGAAAUGGUCCUGCCGUUUGAGCCGGUGCCCAUCAUUGAAAUGCCAGGCUAUGGCAACCUUUGUGCUCCAUUUAUCUGUGAUGAACUCAAAAUCCAGAGUCAAAAUGACAGAGAGAAACUUGCUGAGGCCAAGGAGAGAGUAUAUCUGAAAGCAUUUUAUGAGGGAGUAAUGUUGGUGGAUGGAUUCAAAGGACAGAAAGUUCAAGAUGUCAAGAAACCUAUUCAGAAGAUGAUGGUGGAUAAUGAUGAAGCCAUGAUUUACAUGGAACCUGAGAAACAAGUUAUAUCAAGGUCUGCUGAUGAAUGUGUGGUGGCCCUGUGUGACCAGUGGUAUUUAGAUUAUGGUGAAGUGAACUGGAAGAAGCAGGCAUCAGAGUGCUUGAAGCAUCUAGAGACGUUUUGUGAAGAGACUAGGAGAAAUUUUGAAGCUACUUUUGCCUGGCUGCAAGAGCAUGCAUGCUCUAGGACAUAUGGCCUAGGUACCCGUUUGCCUUGGGAUGAGCAGUGGCUGAUAGAAUCUCUCUCUGACUCGACUAUCUACAUGGCUUAUUACACCGUUGCUCAUCUGUUGCAAGGAGGGAACCUUAGGGGCCAAGGAGAAUCUCCUGUAGGCAUCAGGUAG